CAUUUGAAUAUGAUUGUUACAUCUAGCAUACAAAUUGCAACAGCAUCGUUGUACCAUGCCAGAAAAAUGCAGCAAAACCUUGUGUUUGUUUGAUGUAGAUGGAACUCUUACUCUGCCUCGACAAAAAGUUACUCAAGAUAUGAAAGAUUUCAUGUUGGCACUGAGAGAAAAGGUUGUGGUCGGACUUGUUGGGGGUUCAGAUUUGAACAAAAUUGUUGAACAGCUUGGAUCCAAUCAAACUGAUUUAAUCAACUCUUAUGAUUAUGUGUUUUCUGAAAAUGGACUCGUUGCAUACAAGGGGGGAGAAUUUCUAUCUGAGCAGUCAAUUCAAUCAUAUCUGGGUGAUGAAUUGUUGCAAGAUUUUAUCAAUUAUUGCCUCGGCUACAUGGCUAAAAUUAAACUGCCGGUUAAAAGAGGAACUUUUAUUGAGUUCAGAAAAGGAAUGUUAAAUGUUUGUCCUGUAGGUCGUAGCUGCUCUCAAAAGGAACGAGAAGAAUUUUUCCAAUUUGACAAAACCCACAACAUACGCAAGGAUUUUGUUGCUGCUUUGCAAAAGCAGUUUGAAGGGAAAGGUUUAACUUUUUCUAUAGGUGGGCAAAUUAGUUUCGAUGUCUUUCCAGAUGGUUGGGACAAGAGGUUUUGCUUAGGACAUGUGGCGAAUGAAGGGUUCGAAACAAUCCAUUUUUUCGGAGACAAAACUAUGGCAGGUGGAAACGACUUUGAAAUCUUUUCCGAUCCAAGAACAAUAGGUCACACUGUCACUUCACCCGAUGAUACAAAGAAACAAGUGUCUGAAUUAUUCUUUUAACUUUUUUGUUUAGUUUCAAUAACAAACUAAAAUGUGCAGUUAGGUAAAAUACAUGGCCAUAUUACACCUUCUAAAUGAUAGACCAGUAACCUAUCCUAGUAUAAUGACUGACAUGUUAUAAUCAAGUAUUCAGUGCAGAGUGUAAAACUAUUAUAGUUACUCAUUGUGCUAGCUUUUAUAUAUUCCAUGUGUAAAUACUGCACAAAGCUGCUUUACCUGGUAGCAUUAUAUUAUUCCUUUUUGUUUGCCAUAUUUUAUAAUAGCAUUCAUGAUUUUAUAGAAAAUGAAAGUAAUGUAUAUGAAAUUUUUAAAAUAAGAUUUGUAUUGCGUUGGUUUUAAUUCUUUUUAUAAAGAAUGGCAUUUUGGUUUCAUCAAUGUGUAUUUUAUCCACAUGUAUGAUGUAUCCCGUUUGAUACUUUUUAAUAAAUGUGUUGCAGUAACAAGCAAAA